AUGAUAUACCACGAAAAUGAUCAACUGCUUUUUGGCGCACGCCAGGAGCCUGCUGACCUGUCCUCACUGCACCCAAAUGCUGUUCAAAUCUUCAGGCUUUGCCACCUCUAUAUUGAAAAUGUCAAUCCUCUCCUGCAAGUUAUAUAUGCUCCCAGCAUCCAGAGCCGCAUCAUAGAAGCGGCAGGCAAUCUGUCCAACAUUGAACCAAACUUCGAAGCUCUCAUGUUUGGCAUCUACAGCAUGGCCGUACAAUAUCAUCGUGGCUCUCAAGAAGCCCUUCUCAAUGCUCGCUUUCUAAGGACAGACGAUCGGGAUUGUUUGACUGCUCUGUUUCUCCAUCUGCUCUCUAUAAGACCAAAGAUGGAUCCUCGCUCUGUCUCGUCCAUGCUUGGAAUUGCACUACGCACUGCACAGCGCAUAGGGCUUGAUAAUGAAUCAAGCUUAGCCAAGUGUGACAUUGUCGAAGCCGAGAUGCGUCGACGGCUAUGGUGGGCUUUAGUUCUAUUCGACACUCGCAUUUGUGAAUUAAUUGACACUAAGAAGACGGCGCUGACUCCUAUGUGGGACUGCCGCAUUCCUCUCAAUGUCAAUGAGUCUGAGCUCCGAACUGGACUGAGAGAGAUACCCAGAACUCAAACAAGGAUCAGCGACUCCAUUUUUGUCGUCGUGCGUGGCGUGAUUGCAGAUUUCAUUAGACACUCCCCAUUCUAUUUUAAAUUUACUAACCCGGCCAUGAACGCUGCAACGAGGACUGCUAGCACAAAGUCCGACGUGGAUGGCGGUGAAGUUGACGCCUUUAAAAAAGAGCUGGAGGAAAAUUAUCUCCAGCUCUGCAAUCCAGAGAUCCCGCUACAGUUUAUGACCAUAUGGACCGCCCGGGGUUCCAUCGCUAGAUAUCGCAUGAUAGAGCGGUUUUCAACGCUGAAUGGCCCAGUUGGAGACACCUAG